UAUAAGAUGUCUUUGUGAGAGGGAGCCGAGAAUGACCUGGGCUUUGGGAAGAUCUAAAGACCCAGGAAGGUCUCUAGGCCUGAAGGAAAGCCAGCCUCAGCCACCCCUCAGGGUUUGCUGCGUCCUGUUUGGAAAGAGGUCCUUGUGUCCCGGAUCCUGGAGCAUCAGGAGCUGAGCGUGGCGAUAAAGCCAAGAUGAAACCCCUCCUACUUCUGGCUCUUCUAUUUGGGGCAGUUUCUGCUCUUCAUCUGAGGCCUGAGACUUCCACCUUUGAGAGCACUUUGGGUGCUAAGACCCUGCCUGAGGAUGAGGAGAUGCCAGAACAGGAGGUGGAGGAGAUCCUUUCCAGGGACCUGGAGGAAGAGGAGGAGGGGGGCUCUGGAAGUGAAGAUGCCUCCAAGGAAGAUGGGGCUGUUGAGUUGAUCUCAGUCCCAGAUAUGGUAGACAAAAACCUUACGUGUCCUGAGGAAGAGGACACAGUAAAAGUGGUGGGCAUCCCUGGGUGCCCGACCUGCCGCUACCUCCUGGUGAGAAGUCCUCACACGUUUAACCAAGCUUGGUUUACUUGCCAGAGGUGCUACAGGGGCAACCUGGCUUCCAUCCACAACUUCAAUACUAAUUCCCAAAUCCAGUGGUCAGUCAGCGCGCUCAACCAGGGUCAAGUCUGGAUUGGAGGCAGGAUCACAGGCUCGGGUCGCUGCAGACGCUUUCAGUGGGUUGACGGCAGCCGCUGGAACUUUGCGUACUGGGCUGCUCACCAGCCCUGGUCCCGUGGUGGUCACUGUGUGUCCCUGUGUACCCGAGGAGGCCACUGGCGUCGAGCCCACUGCCUCAGAAGACUUCCUUUCAUCUGUUCCUACUGAGCUGGUCCCAGCCAGCAGUUCAGAGCUAUCCUCCCCUGGGCAGCUGCCUCCCCUCCUCUGCUUGCCGUUUCUCCCUCCACCUCCCUGCAAUAAAAUGAGUUUUACUAAAACA